CGGACCAUAUAAGGGGAAGUGUAUUUCUUGCUCAAAUCUUCUGAUGCGGUUAAAAGCCGAGACAGAUGCCAAGACAAGAGGAUCAUAAGCCAUGAAAAUCACAGAUGAACUGAAGAUGGUGAUUCUAUUUGCACUUUUCAUUUUGUUUCUGAAGACUUCAUAUGUUUGUUCUUGGCUUGCUGGAAAAUGUGUCUUCUACAGUGAUGCUGAAGGGCUUACUAUUGCCCCAUUCUAUGCUGGACAAACAAACAUUGUUGGAUGCGUGAGUGUCACGGAUAUUAAAGAAGACCUUCGUGGACUUCCUGAAAACAUACUAAAUCUCUAUAUCGAGAUGGAUUUGCAUGGGGUCCUAGUUCCAAACUCUUUGUCACGUUUUGGUUCUUUGGAAAAUCUUGAAAUUGUGGGAUGUUUAUCAGAGGUCCCUGCAGAAGCUUUUAAUGGAUUAACAAAUGUAUCUUCACUAACAAUAACAUCAUCCAAUUUAGAAAAGUGCUGUGAGGUAGCUCUUGAUUUCAGUCGACUUCCCUCACUUACCAGUUUGUCUAUUUUAGAAUAUAGUUUAUCAUUAUUGGAAGCAAAUGUUUUUGAAAAGAUUGCUCAUUUGCAAAACCUAUUUUUAUAUAAUGUGUGUUUGAAAGACAUGUCUGAGAUUUUGUGCCGGCUGAUAAAUAUAAGAUCUUUAAAGCAUUUCUCUCUAUCUGAAGAUCUGUUAAAUAGACUUCAGAACCCAAACUGCACAGGUUUCAACAUCUCUGACAUAUCGACUGAGUUUAAUAUUAAAGAGGUGCAAUUGCAUUUGGGGAAAUUAGAACAUGUAGAUGAGGGAGCACUGAAAGUUUUUGGAAAACUCUCUGGCUUUCAGUUUCUUUCAAACACAGAUUUCCUAACAGAUCUUUCUUUAAUUGGAGUACAUAACAUCAGAACUUUGAAUUUCAUGGUGGAUGUACUUAAUGUUCGUGAUUUGUGUGUAGCAGCAAAGACAUAUUCAACUGAGACAAUAUUUGUUUCUUAUAAAUUGAUUAACUUAUCACUGACUCCUAACAUCUCAGAUGGGUGUAAAUAUAUUACAGCCAUUGGACUCAGUUUUGACAUAUGUGGAGAGAUUGUCAACCUCUUAGAUGUAAAUUCUCUUUUUCAGAUUUUCAGCAACCUCACCUUUGUUACUAUAUUUAAGCAUGUGCUCAGAUCAAAUGAUUUCCAAUCUCUUUGUGCUUCAUUUCCACAGACAGUCAAACAGCUUACUGUCAUGAUUCUUAAAAAAAAUAAGAUAGAUAAGAUAGUUUCUCAUCAAUUUAUGUGUUUUCCAAAUCUUGAAACUUUGAACUUUACCUCAAGCAAAAUUUCUGUCAUAGAGGAUUUUGCUUUUAUUGGAAUGAAGAAGCUGAAAGAGUUAAACCUCUAUAAAAACAAAAUAUCUUCUAUUCAUCAACAUACAUUCAGUGGCUUACAUGAACUGAUGGUUCUGAAUCUCCAAGAAAACCCAAUAAUUUACAUUGAGGCAAAAUCGUUUGGACAUUUUAUUAACCUUAGCUCACUUCUGUUGGGAGAUCUGAACUUUCUUCCUAACAUGUCACUGAUCAAGCUGAAUUUAUCUGAUAUAUUUGGAGGAAUUCCAUAUAAUUUGAGUAAUGUGUUCAUUAGUUCAGGACAGAGACCAAUGCACCUUGUGAUCGGGGGUAAUACCACACUGACUAACAGGCUAAACUUGCACAUCAAAAGUCAAUAUGUGAUUGUUGAGGACUGCAAUAGUUUACUUUUAACAUCUGUAAUCACACUUCAGAUAAAUGCAGCAUAUAUGAUCUGUGAAAAUGAAUUCAUUGGGAAAUAUAUCCCAUCAGUCGUCAGUCUGGAAUUUCAGUCAGUGUUCGCUGACAAUAUUGGAGACUUGUCUGUAAUCAAUCAGCUUGUUCAUUUAAAAACCCUAAACCUGCGAAACAUUGACUUUACAAAUCAGCCAAACGUGGCCAUAAUGUUUCACAAUCUGACAAAACUGGAGACUCUGAUUCUGGCAAACUGCAGAAUAUUCUUUCUAGAUGGAAGUCUGACCAAAGACUUAAAGGCACUAACAAAACUAGUACUAUACCAAAAAGAUACUGUCAACAUUCUACAAACUUUUGCAGAUCAUCUCACUCAUUUGCAGUUCGUUCAUUUUGAAGGCUUGGGUCUGUAUUGCAGUUGUGAUAAUGCAUGGCUGGUCUCGUGGCUGAAGGACAACAGAAAGGUGGAGGUUGUCAUGUUGAACCCCUCUAUGCAUGAUUUGCAGUGUUUGAUUGACAAUGAAGUUGACCAACUCAACUUUAUCAGCUAUGCUAAGGAGAACUGCUCACUUGAUCUUGAAUUUGUGUUCUUCGCCUGUUCUUCUGUGUUUUUGUGCAUCUUUAUUGUUGUGGUAUUGAUGUAUAAAUUUGUAGGCCAGUACUUCAAGCCGUUCUAUCACAUCGCCAGUGGAUGGUUUCGAGAGGCUUUGCGAAUGAAGGAGAAACCGCAGUACCGCUAUGAUGUUUUCGCGUCUUACAGCGGUAAGGAUGAGCACUGGGUCAUAGAGGAACUUCUUCCAAACUUAGAGCAGCGCGGGCCUCCAUUUCUGAGUCUCUGCCUGCACAGUCGGGACUUUCAGUUGGGACACGACAUUGUGGAAAACAUCACAGACAGCAUUUACGCAAGUCGCCGGACUCUUUGUCUCGUCAGUCGCAAUUACCUCGAUAGCAACUGGUGCUCACUGGAGAUGCAGCUGGCCACCUACCGGCUCCAGGUAGAACACAGAGACAUUCUUAUCCUGGUCUUCCUAGAAACCAUUCCAUCUCGCUUGCUUUCCUCCCAUCACAGACUGGCCCGGCUUGUAAAAACUAAGACCUAUCUGGACUGGCCCCAGGACCCGGAGAUGCAUGAAGCAUUCUGGGACAGGUUGUGGUGUAAACUGAGCUCUAAUAAAGCCAACUAGACUUUCCUUCUGUUUAUUGUGAAGUUGCUAAAGACAAUUUACAAACUUUCUUUUGUAAAGUG